AUGGGAGCCCUGAUUGGAAUAUCACUGUACAAUGCGGUCGAACUGACUACUCUGAUAUUUACAACUUUCCACUUCUACGGCGGACUCUACUUUUGGUCCCUCACGCUCUCGACAACACUCGGUCUCGUACCCAGCGGUAUUGCGAACACACUGCACUAUUUCAAUAUCGGCCCGCUAUGGCUCGCAAUGACUCUAUCGAACAUUGGGUUCUAUUUUCUGAUUCCAAUGCAAUCGGUGGUCCUCUAUUCCCGACUACAUCUGGUCCUAUACAACCAGCUGAUUCUUCGACUCGCACUCUAUAUAUUGAUCGUCGACGCGGUUGUCUUUUCGAUCUCAAUAACGAUUGUAUGCUACGGAUCCGCAUUCAUACGCACACCCGGCUGGAACGCGAGCUACACGAUCCUGGAGCGGCUACAGGUAACUUGGUUCUGCGUGCAGGAAUUUAUACUCGCCUUUCUGUACAUCCGCGAGACAAUCAAACUUCUGCACCUAAACCCGGCACACAGCAGCCGGCGGAGGAAGAUAAUGUACGAGCUGCUGGCCAUUAACAUUGGCAUUAUCCUCAUGGAUGUUGCGGUUAUCGUCAUCGAGUUCCUGGGGCUAUACUACCUGCAGGUCCUGGUGAAGUGCGCCAUCUACAGCGCUAAACUGAAACUGGAGUUUGCUGUUCUGGGAAAGCUGACGGCGAUUGUGGAAUCACCUCAUCGCGAUCUGGGCGAUCGUGCUGGUACUGAGGAUCUGUCUGAUAGACGGCGGCCCGCUUCCGAUCCGAUUAGAUAUGCACGAGACAGGGUGUCCCUAACUGCGACGAAUGUCUCGAAGGAAUCCUAG